AUGAAGCUUAACAUUGCCUAUCCAGCUAACGGUACCCAAAAGGUCAUCGAAAUUGACGACGAACACCGUCUCCGUCCAUUCUACGAAAAACGUAUUGGUCAAGAAGUUGAAGGUGACUUGGUUGGCGAUGAAUUCGCUGGUUACGUCUUCAAGAUCACUGGUGGUAACGACAAGCAAGGUUUCCCAAUGAAACAAGGUGUUUUGCACGCUACUAGAGUUAAAUUGUUGUUGGCUAAGGGUCACUCUUGUUACAGACCAAGAAGAAAUGGUGAAAGAAAGAGAAAGUCCGUCAGAGGUUGUAUUGUCGGUCAAGACUUGGCUGCUUUGGCUUUGGUUGUUGUCAAGCAAGGUGACAAGGACAUUGAAGGUUUGACUGAUGCUACUGUUCCAAAGAGAUUGGGUCCAAAGAGAGCUAACCACAUUAGAAAAUUCUACGGUUUGACCAAGGAUGACGAUGUCAGACAAUUCGUUGUCAGAAGAGAAGUCACUGGUAAGAACGGUAGAACUUACACCAAGGCUCCAAAGAUUCAACGUUUGGUUACUCCACAAACUUUGCAAAGAAAGCGUCACUUGAAGGCUUUGAAGAUCAAGGCCGCUGAAGCUCAAAAGGAAGCUGCUGCUGAAUACGCUCAAUUGUUGGCCAAGAGAUUGCACGAAAAGAAGGCUCACCAAGCUGAAGUCAGAAAGAGAAGAGCCUCCUCUCUUAAAGCCUAA